CUUCUUCCCCAGGAAGCUAUGCCCCAGACAUCUGUGGUCUUCUCCAGCAUCCUUGGGCCCAACUGUAACAGACAGGUGCAGCCCGGCAUGGGGGAAAGAGGAGGUGGGGCCAGCAGCGGCUCCAGGGACCUCAUUUUCCAAGAUGGACGCCUCACUUCUGGAUCCUUGGAGGCCCUGAUGGAGCACCUGGUCCCAACGAUGGACUAUUAUCCUGAUAGGACAUACAUCUUCACAUUUCUCCUGAGUUCUCGAGUCUUCAUGCCCCCUCAUGACCUCCUGGCUCGAGUCGGGCAGAUCUGCCUGGAGCAGAGGCAGCAGCUGGAGGCUGGGCCUGAGAAGGCCAAGCUGAAGUCCUUCUCUACCAAGAUUGUGCAGCUGUUGAAGGAGUGGACAGAGGCCUUCCCUUAUGACUUCCAGGAUGAAAAGGCCAUGGCUGAGCUGAAGGCCAUCGCACACCGUGUGACUCAGUGUGAUGAGGUGAGCACCUUGAUGAAGCCCCAACCCCCACAGGAGAAUGGUACAGUGAAGAAAGCCAUUGCCCAAAUGAUACAAAGCUUGCUGCUGUCCCUGGCUGCCCGAAGCCAGCUCCAGGAGCUUCGAGAGAAGCUCCGGUCACCAGUUGUGGACAAAGGGCCUAUCCUCAAGGCCAAGCCACCAGCCGCCCAGAAAGACAUCCUGGGUGUGUGCAGUGACCCCCUGGUGCUGGCCCAGCAGCUGACUCACAUCGAACUGGAGAGGGUCAACAGCAUCCGCCCUGAGGACCUGAUGCAGAUCAUCAGCCACAUGGACUCCUUGGACAAUCACAGGUGCCGAGGAGACAUGACUAAGACCUACAGUCUAGAGGCCUAUGACAACUGGUUCAACUGCUUGAGCAUGCUGGUGGCUACAGAGGUGUGCCGGGUGGUAAAGAAGAAACAUCGGACCCGCAUGCUGGAGUUCUUCAUUGAUGUGGCCCGAGAAUGUUUCAACAUCGGCAACUUCAACUCCAUGAUGGCCAUCAUAUCUGGCAUGAACCUCAGUCCAGUGGCGCGGCUGAAGAAAACGUGGUCCAAAGUCAAGACCGCCAAGUUUGACGUCUUGGAGCAUCAUAUGGACCCCUCCAGCAACUUCUGUAACUACCGGACAGCCCUGCAGGGGGCGACACAGAGGUCCCAGACAGCCAACAGCAGUCGCGAGAAGAUUGUCAUACCUGUGUUCAACCUCUUUGUGAAGGACAUCUACUUUCUGCACAAAAUCCACACCAACCACAUGCCCAAUGGGCAUAUUAACUUCAAAAAAUUUUGGGAAAUUUCCAGACAGAUCCACGAGUUCAUGACAUGGACACAGGUAGAGUGUCCCUUUGAGAAGGACAAGAAGAUUCAGAGUUACCUGCUCACGGCACCCAUCUACAGCGAGGAAGCUCUCUUCAUCGCCUCCUUUGAAAGUGAAGGUCCUGAGAACCACAUGGAGAAGGACAGCUGGAAGGCACUCAGGACCACUCUCCUUAACAGAGCCUGAGGAUGCAGCCUGCAGAUGCCGGAUGAAACAUAACAAACGAACCAAGUUCAAAUGAUGAUAGAUGUGGGAUGAGAGAGGAGGAGGCCUCACUGGUUGGGGUCCAUUUUGUAUAUAACUUUUAUGAAAAAGAAAAUGGUAAUUAUUCCAUGCAUCAGCCUUUGGCACUUACGAAGUUUUUUUCUUUUGUUGUUGUUAUUUAUUUUAAACAGGGCAGGGCCCUGUUUUUGGGGAGGGGCGGGAAAGAGUAUCAUGGAAGAUGGUAACCAUGGUAACAUCUUAUUCUAAUGAAAUGUAGAUUUUUAUUUUCUACUUUUGAUGAUUAACAUCCUAUGAAAAAAAAAUUUAAAAUAACCCAAC